GGAAGAGGCCGGCCGGAAGUGCUGAGGGACAGAAAGAGACAGAAAGCGAAGGCUGAGACGUGGACUGUGGAGAGAGUGUGUGUGUGAGAGAGAGAGAGACAUGGCUGCCCCGAAAGCCUCCGUGGCCGCGGGAGGCCUCUCCUCCGGCGCGAAUAGCGGCACCAACUUGCUCUUCUCUUCGUCAGCGACUGAGUUCAACUUCACCGUCCCCUUCAUCCCGGUCAGCCAGGCCCCAGCGCCGCCCCCGCCGCCUCCUCCUGGCCUCCUGCCCUCAGAUGAUGCCACUGAUGUUGGUGAAGAAGACAGCUUCCUAGGCCAGACUUCUGCAAAUCCUAUUCCUCCACCAACAUUCAGUUAUUUUUCCCAAGUUCCUAGUAGCAGUGAUCCCUUUGGAAGCAUUGGACAAUCACCCUCAGGAGUGACAUCUUCACCUCAAACUGGGAUGUCUGUUUUCUCCAAGCCUCCAGCAUCUCUCCCGCUUCUGCCUGGAACACAAGACGGGCCAAGUACUUUCUCAGCAGCUCCUUCUAAAUCACAGUCUUUUAGCACACCACCAACUUCUCUACAAGGAAUUAGUUCAUACCAAAUGUCCCAGCAGAGUGGUCCUCCAGUGGCUGGCUUUUCAACUCCUCCUCAUGGCACAUCACAGCAAAGCUACAACCCAUAUCGUCACACUACUAUAAGCAGUAGAGCCAAUCCUUACAUCACUCCACCACAGCUGCAGCAGAGUCAGCCACCCACCCAGAGUGUCCAGCCAUCACCUCCUGUACCAUCCACCCAAAUGUAUUCAACUCCUCCAGGGUCACUUCCACCGUCGACACUUCCACCUCAGGCCUCCAUGUCAGCAGGUGCACUGGUGAAGGCACCUCCCAACUUUUUGCAAAACCAAUACGAACCAGUUCAGCCCCAUUGGUUUUACUGCAAGGAGGUAGAAAACAAGGAGCUAUGGAUGCCAUUCAGUCUCCUAGAUUCUGCAGCUCUAGAGGAAGUUUAUAAUUCUGUGCAACCUGAUCCAGAGAGUGUGCUUUUGAGUACUGAUGGAGGACGUUAUGAUGUUUAUCUCUAUGACCGAGUUAGAAAAGCUGUGUAUUGGGAAGAAGAGCCAUCUGAAGUGAGACGGUGUACUUGGUUUUAUAAGGGAGACACGGACAGCAGAUUCAUUCCUUAUACAGAAGAUUUCAGUGAAAAGCUUGAGGCAGAAUAUAAGAAAGCUGUUACCACAAAUCAGUGGCAUCGGCGACUGGAAUUUCCAGGUGGCGAAACUAUUGUUAUGCAUAAUCCUAAGGUUAUAGUUCAGUUCCAACCUUCUGCAAUGCCAGAUGAAUGGGGUACCACACAAGAUGGUCAGACCAGACCAAGAGUGGUAAAACGUGGGAUUGAUGAGGAUCAUGAGGAAAUUCCAGAUGGUGAAGUAUCUCAAGUUGACCAUUUGGUAUUUAUGGUUCAUGGGAUUGGCCCUGUCUGUGAUCUCCGAUUCAGAAGCAUAGUCGAAUGUGUUGAUGAUUUUCGGACAGUUUCCUUGAAAUUGUUGCAGACACAUUUCAGGAAGUCGUUAGAAGAGCAUAAAGUGAACAGGAUUGAGUUUUUGCCAGUCCAUUGGCAUAGUUCUUUGCAUGGAGAUGCAACAGGUGUGGAUAGGAAUAUAAAGAAAAUAACGUUGCCAACUAUUGGACGAUUGCGUCACUUCACCAAUGAGACUCUACUUGAUAUUCUGUUUUACAAUAGCCCCACCUACUGUCAAACAAUUGUGGACAAAGUAGGAUUGGAAAUGAACCGCCUGUAUGCACUUUUCAUGAGCAGAAACCCUGACUUUAAAGGAGCAGUUUCUGUUGCUGGACAUAGUUUAGGUUCCUUGAUUUUAUUUGACAUGCUGUCUAACCAAAAAGAUUGGACUUCUACAGUUAAUUCUGUGGCUCCUGUUGCUCCCAAUGGCAUUGUGAAGGAUGUGGCUGAACAGCAGAUGACAGUGGAUUCUAAUUCUGCUGGUUCUAUGCCGUUACUUUCAAAUGAUGACCAUGGUGAUCAUGAUGUGGAAGAAGACAUUCCAACCUUGCAAAAAACUCUGGAAAUGCUUAGUUUAUCAGAGUACAUCAGUACAUUUGAAAAUGAGAAGAUUGAUGCAGAAUCUCUGCUGAUGUGUACGAUUGAUGACCUGAAGGAAAUGGGAAUACCUCUUGGGCCACGAAAGAAAAUAGCAAACUUCGUAAAAGACAGAGCAGCCAAACAGGAGCAGAGAAAGGCAGCACUGGAGAAGAAGGCAGCAAUGGAUGCUUUGAUGCGGAAUCAAGAAGAAGCUGCUCAAGCCGCAAAGAAGGUGGCAAGACUUGCUGCCUCUUCAGCCACAGUUAUGCCUCAGGAUCCAUCCAAGAGGAGACUUUCAGUUGGAACUUCAGUUUCAUCUGCACAUAUAGAUUAUGAAUAUUUUGAAGUAGGCACUGGUCAGGUCUCAGUGGUAUACACUACACUUGACUUUGAGCCAGAAAAUUUCUUUGCCCUCGGUUCCCCAAUUGGUAUAUUUCUCACAGUAAGAGGGGUGGAAAAAAUUGAUGAAAAUUACAGAUUUCCCACCUGCAAAGGAUUUUUCAACAUUUAUCACCCGCUUGAUCCUGUGGCUUACAGGCUAGAACCAAUGAUUAUUCCUGACUUGGACAUAAAACCUGUUCUCAUUCCACAUCAUAAAGGCAGAAAAAGACUUCACCUUGAAUUGAAAGAGUCUCUUUCUCGCAUGGGAUCGGACCUGAAACAGGGAUUUAUCAGCUCUUUGAAAAGUGCUUGGCAGACCCUUAAUGAUUUUGCACGUGCUCAUACCUCCUCUAUUCAGCUCCAAGCAGAAUUGGAAAAGGUGGCUAAUCAGAUUAAAGAAGAAGAAGAAAAACAUGAGACAGAAGUAGAAAAGAUUGUUGAGAGUCCAGAUCUUUCAAAAGAUGAAGACUUGAAUAUAAAAAUCGGCUUGCUAAAUGGUGGCCGUCGUAUUGAUUAUGUUCUGCAAGAAAAGCCCAUAGAAAGUUUUAAUGAAUACCUGUUUGCUCUACAGAGUCAUUUGUGCUAUUGGGAAUCAGAAGACACUGCGUUGCUUCUCCUGAAGGAAAUAUAUAGAACUAUGAACAUCUAUCCUGAACAACCACAGCAUUGAUGUAUGGACAAUUGUCUUACUGAACCUCAGCAUUUCUUGUCUUCUGGCUUGCCAACAAUCUUUUCAGGAGGCAGCUCCAAUUUCCUAGCCACAUAUGGCAGAAGUCGUUUCGGUCUACAACCUUCAGAGUGUCUGUUGCCUCUCUUUGUCAAUUAAGAAAAAAAACAAACUAUAGUGGUUGAAAAAGAAAAUCAAGCCUGCUCUUCAGAGUCCACAUAUGUUUCCCCCAGCCUUGAAUCAUUUGUGGAGUCAUUGCCAAGCAUAAAUGACUGAGAAGUGUGUGGCAUGCAAAUGAAUUUCAGAUAUGUUUUAUUCAGUAGAUUUAUCAGAUCUAUAUCUUUUGACAGGGCUCUAUGUUUUAUGCUUAUUUUCUUAAGACAUACCGUUGUUAACCAGCAAUUAUUACCGUUAGAUUUAAUAAAACACAAUUUUGUCUGAUUUCUUUAAAAAUGUGAUUGACAUUCAAACUACUUUGAUAAAGUUGGCAUCUGUUUGUAUUUGCUGAAAUGACCAAUUCGCUCCAAUUUGUUGAAAUUGGUAAGCUUCAAACUGAGAUUUUAUAAAACCUUUCUCAGCCUCUGA